AUGACUACCACCCAGCAUAUCAAAUCUCGGUUCCCGGAUCUGAAUUUUGUCAAGCCUAUACCAGUUCAUGCCCACCCGAGAUACAGACCAUUCAAUGUCAAAUUCGACCCGAAGCGCGAUUUCCUGCCAAAGGGCCAUGCAAAAGAAGAGGGGCGGAAGCAAAUGCUCGUCGACUCUAUUGUUCACCGCGAUACAGCAAUCCCUCUUCGAGAUGGGCUUCAUGUGUAUGCCGACAUCUACCGCCCAGCUUCUUCGGAUGAAGCCAAGGUUCCCGCAGUGAUCUGCUGGAGUCCCUACGGCAAGUCUAGCAUUAGUAUCGAUAUCGCUUGGCAUCGCUCCGGAGUCCCCAAAGACUGGACAUCCGGAUAUGAGACAUUCGAAGGCCUGGACCCCGCAGAUUGGUGUAAACGGGGUUAUGCAGUCGUGAACGUUGACGCCCGCGGCGCUCAGUUCUCCGAGGGAUCAUUCUUCUUUUGGGGUGAUCAAGAAGCGGAGGAUAUUUAUGACACUAUCGACUACUUGUCAAAGCAGCCAUGGUGCAAUGGCUCUGUCUGCAUGGGCGGCAAUUCAUACCUGGCAAAAGCUCAAGUCAACUACGCCUCCAGACAGUCCCAUCCAGCGUUGAAGGCAUUGGCUCCCUGGGAAGGGUUUACGGAUAUAUAUCGCCAACUUCUCCGUCGCGGCGGCUUUGCGAUGCAUAACACCUUCGUGUCGAAAUACCAAUGGGGUGUCGCUGGCAACCAUGAAGUUGAGGAUAUGACCCAAAUGGUGAAAACUCAUCCGCUUUUUGACGAAUACUGGGCCGGGAAGAAUGAUGAAGUUGAGAAAAUCAAUGUCCCCAUGUAUUUGUUGGGGUCUUUUUCCAACCCUUUCCAUGUUUACGGGUCCUUCGAUACAUAUCGUCGCGCUGGUUCAACGAAGAAAUGGAUGCGCGUCCAUGCAACAUUCGAAUGGUAUGAAAUGUACGAGCGCAACUCGAACGAUGAUCUGCAGCGCUUCUAUGAUCGUUAUUGCAAAGGAAUUAUGAAUGGCUGGGAAACAGAUACGCCUUCUUUGCGCUUGUCUCUUCAUGGAUUCGGAACUGUUCCGAACAUUGUGGAAAGACCGGAAACCGAGUUCCCACUUCGCCGACAAAGGUUGCAAUGCUACUAUCUCGAUGCGGCUACCGAGUCAAUGAAUCUGACUCCUCGGGACCGCAAAUCCUCCGUUUACCACGACGGACACGGCCUUGAGGCAUCUACCUCUGUAAGUAAUCAGACCGUCAUUUGCUUUUUCACUUUCUUUCUGGGUCGACACACUAACAACAACGGCCAGGAAUUUGUGCUGAAAUUCGAUGACUACACUGAGAUCGCCGGAUAUGCCAAGGUCCGCCUGUGGAUGUCCUGCGAGCAAAGAGAUGAUAUGGAUGUUGCUGUCCAACUCCGUAAGAUUGAUGAAUCCGGCAACCUGUUAGAGGGUGUCAACUUCCCGUGUCCGAUACCAGCAAGCGCGAUCCCCGAUGCUGAGACAUCCAAGCUUUACGGGCCUCAAGGGUUCCUCAGAGCGUCUUCCUCGGUCUCCCUUGACCCGACACGAUCAAGCUCGGACGGACAGGAGGUUUUUUAUCGACACGAUCGAGAGGAAAAGAUCACCCCAGGAACUAUUGUUCCAUUGAAUAUCACUCUGUGGCCCACGGGUAUGGUUUUCGCAGCUGGGGAAGGCCUUCUGCUUCGCAUCGGAGGUCACUUUUUGAGUGCGCCUUCGGCCGCAGCGAUGAAGCCCGAGGAAUCUGAAGAUGAGAAUGUGGGCCAACACUACAUCCACACAGGAGGUGAAUACGAUUCGUGCCUUGUACUUCCGGUCAUAGCCGGAAGCAGGCCUUAA